AUGGUUGGUCAGGUUCAACACCCUUCUGUUGUUCAGAAGGUAGCUGGCCAGCUCCGUCGGCAAUCUAUUCAGGGAUACGAUAGUGGCUUCCAAAGGCCGGGGAUGUACCAAAGGCGUGCAUAUGGGAACUACUCUAAUGCUGCAUUGCACUUGGCCCUUGGUUGGCUCAUCACCAAUGGUGCUGGUCUUGCUUCCUACCCAAUUGACACUGUUCGCAGAAGAAUGAUGAUGACCUCCGGUGAAGCUGUCAAGUACAAGAGUUCCCUGGAUGCCUUCAAGCAGAUCUUGAAGAAUGAGGGUGCCAAGUCUCUCUUUAAGGGUGCUGGCUUCAACAUCGUCCGUGCCUUUACUGGUGGUAGUGUCCUUGCUGGUUAUGAUGAGCUACAGCGGAUCGUGUUCGGGAAGAAGUAUGAAUCUGGUGAUGAAAAUCUUUUUGAGUCUGAAGAAUUUGUUUCGGCAAAAUUUUCCUUAAAAUAA